UAUUCAAUUUUGAGUUUCACAGCCACUUUUUUCCUUCUUCUUUUUCAAACUUUUCUUUGGUCUUCUGCAGGCGCUGCUGCGUGUGCUUCAAAGGCCAAUUCGUUUACGUUCCAAUAUUCAUAUUAAUCAUCAUUCUUCUCCUUCCCAUGGCUUUAAUCUGACAAAAUUUUCCAACUUAAUUAUCCCGAGAAACAAAAAUCAUAGUAGAUUAUGAAGGACAGAGACACUGAUCACUCAUGGCGUAUUCCGUUGAUCAUUUUCUUCACCUUGAUCACAGGUACGGUUGUCGAGGGACAAGAUUUACGGAGAGACAGAGAAGUUUUGUUACAGUUGAAAUCUUUUCUGGAAGAACACAAUCCCGUUAAACGAGGAAAAUAUUCGUUCUGGGAUUUACAGAGCUCCCCCUGUUCUUGGUCGGGUAUAUCCUGCAAUCAAAGAAAUUCCCGAAUCAUCGGAAUUGACCUCUCCAAUGAAGACAUCUCCGGCCAGAUUUUCCACAAUUUCUCUGCCUUGUCGGAGCUGACCCACCUCGACCUCUCCACGAACACUCUCUCCGGCCCAAUUCCCGGCGACUUGAACAACUGCAGAAAUCUCCGGCAGCUGAAUCUUUCCCACAACAUCCUCGACGACAGGUUGAAUUUUUCUGGGUUGGUCAAUAUCGAGACUUUGGACCUGUCGGUCAACCGGAUUUGGGGAGAAAUAACGGUGAACUUUCCGGGAAUUUGCGGGAAUUUGGUGUUCUUUAAUGUUUCUGGUAAUAAUUUUACUGGUCGGACGGAUGACUGUUUCGAGGAGUGCCGGAAUUUGCAGUCUGUGGAUUUGAGCUCCAACGGAUUUAGCGGCGGGUUGUGGUCUGGAUUGGCGAGGACCCGUGUGUUUUCGGCGUCAGAGAAUAAACUUUCCGGCGAGGUCUCGCCGGUGAUAUUUACAGGGUUUUGUAAUUUGGAGGUGUUGGACCUGUCGGAGAAUGAAUUCGACGGCGGAGUUCCCUGGGAGGUUUCUAAUUGUGGGAAUUUGUCUUCUUUGAAUCUAUGGGGGAACAAAUUUUCCGGGAAAAUUCCGCCGGAAAUUGGAACAAUUUCGAGUCUGCAAAAUUUGUAUCUGGGGAAGAACAAUUUUUCUCGGGAAAUCCCUGAAUCCCUUUUGAAUUUGAGCAAUUUGGUGUUUCUUGAUUUGAGCAAGAACAGCUUCCGGGGAGAGAUUCAAGAAAUUUUUGGGAAAUUUACACAGUUGAAAUUUCUUGUUCUUCAUGGGAAUUAUUACACUGGAGGGAUUUAUUCUUCUGGGAUUCUUAAACUGCCGAGAAUUGCUCGUUUGGACUUGAGUUACAACAACUUUUCAGGCCCAUUGCCUGUCGAAAUCUCUGAAUUGAAGAGUUUAGAGUUCUUAAUUCUUGCCUAUAAUCAGUUCCAUGGAAGCAUUCCUUCAGAAUACGGGAAUUUGCCAAAUCUUCAAGCACUUGAUCUCUCGUUCAACACCUUAAAUGGGUCAAUCCCAAGCAGUUUUGGGAACUUGACUUCACUYUUGUGGCUAAUGCUGGCAAACAACUCUUUAACAGGUGARAUUCCUAARGAGUUGGGGAAYUGUUCUAGCUUGCUGUGGCUUAAUCUUGCCAACAAUCAGCUAUCCGGSCCGAUCCCGUCUGAGCUAAUGAGCAUCGGAAGAAAYGCCAYGRCCACGUUCGAAKCRAAUCGACGAAWCRARAAGUUCAUYGCCGGGUCGGGGGAGUGCUUGGCAAUGAAGAGAUGGAUCCCRGCAAACUACCCUCCUUUCAGCUUUGUCUACACAAUUCUCACAAGGAAGAGUUGUAGAAGCAYUUGGGAUAGGCUAUUGAAAGGGUAUGGACUUUUCCCAUUUUGYAGCAAAGUURGGACUUUGCAAAUCUCUGGUUAUGUUCAACUAAGUGGGAAUCAGUUCARUGGUGAGAUACCAAWUGAGAUUGGGAAAUUGAAGAACUUCAGUAUGUUGCAUUUAAGUUGUAACAACUUCAGUGGGAAACUCCCUCCAGAGUUGGGUAAUCUGCCACUGGUUGUUCUAAAUGUAUCAGAGAACAGUUUUUCRGGCGAGAUCCCGACCGAGAUUGGAAAYAUCAGGUGUCUGCAGAAUCUAGAUUUAUCAUACAACAACUUCUCAGGCAUCUUCCCUAGAAGUUUGACCAACUUGAAUGAGCUUAACAAGUUCAACAUCUCAUACAAUCCUCUUAUAACAGGGGAGGUGAAUCCAAGCGGACAAUUUUCGACAUUCGAGAAGGACUCAUACCUCGGCAAUCCUCUGUUGCGCCUUCCAUCGUUCCUCAACACAACCCCGCCAAAGUCACCGGGGUACCCGAGAAUCGGAGGAACUUCGAAAGGGAAAUCAAGGCCGCUGAUUGGAGUGUUGGCUUUCUUAUCAAUGGUCCUUGCUUUUAUGGUAUUUGGGAUGUUUUCUCUUAUAGUUUGCUUGGUGAUGAGAAGCCCAGAUGAAUCACCAGGAUACCUCCUGGAAGAUAUAAAGUAUGUAAAAGACUUCGGUUCAAGUUCUCACAGCUCGUCUCCAUGGUAUUCGAAUUCAGUUACGAUCAUUCGACUUGACAAAACAGUUUUUACGCAUGCUGAUAUUCUAAAAGCCACUGGAAACUUUUCAGAGGACAGAGUGAUUGGUAAGGGAGGAUAUGGAACAGUUUACAGAGGAGUGUUGCCUGAUGGAAGGCAAGUGGCAGUGAAGAAGCUCCAAAGAGAAGGAAUUGAAGGUGAAAGAGAGUUCCAAGCUGAAAUGCAUAUUCUUACUGGAAAUGGCUUCAAUUGGCCGCAUCUGAAUCUCGUUCAGCUUUACGGAUGGUGUCUCGACGGUUCGAAUAAGAUUUUGGUAUACGAGUACAUGGAAGGAGGGAGCCUGGAGGAUCUCAUACUAGACAGAGUGAGAUUAAACUGGCGGCGACGGAUUGAUCUUGCAAUCGAUGUGGCACGAGCAUUGGUCUUUCUGCACCAUGAGUGUUUUCCUUCUGUUGUGCAUCGUGAUGUCAAAGCCAGCAAUGUCCUGCUCGAUAAAGAUGGUCGGGGACGGGUGACAGAUUUCGGCCUAGCUAGAAUUAUGGAUGUAGGAGACAGCCAUGUGAGUACCAUGGUGGCUGGAACCAUCGGUUAUGUGGCACCCGAGUAUGGACAGACAUGGAAAGCUACAACGAAAGGCGACGUGUACAGCUUUGGAGUUUUGGCGAUGGAACUUGCUACAGCAAGACGAGCACUCGACGGAGGGGAAGAGUGUCUAGUUGAAUGGGCAAAAAGGGUGAUGGGAGAUGGAAGAAAAGGGUUGAGUAGAGCAGUGAUACCAGUAGCAGUUUUGGGGUCGGGCCUCGCCGAGGGGGCCGAGGAGAUGUGCGAGCUGCUGAGGAUCGGGGUGAAGUGCACGAACGAAGCACCUGCGGCGAGACCGAACAUGAAGGAAGUUCUAGCUAUGUUGAUCAACAUCACAGGGUUAAGAGGGGAUGAAUUCAGCUGUAGCUUCUCCCCUCCAUCCUUGUGAUCUCAGGAUUUUGAUUGAAAGAAAUGUGCAUAUGCUUAGGUUGUUACAUAGUUUCAUAGAGACAUAAGAUACUGAUAGGAUACCUACACACUUCAAUUUGUUACCAUUCAUAUUGUAAACAAAAACAUUCAUCAUUCACAAAAAUGUUGAAAGAAAGACAAAUAAUUGCUCUGUUUUUUC